GUCUGGGUGUGUGUGCAUGUUUACGUUGCACAGGGUCUAUGUGCCCUGUACCACGGCACUUGCAGGGGGCCACAGAAAGACAGCUGUGUGUUUUGAGCAAAAAGAGAAAAAAAGAUAAAGACAGAAAAGUGGAAAGAGAAAGAGAGUGGAGGGCCAACAGGCAUGCCAGUCAAGACCGUCACUUUUGGAGCAGAUGCUGGCAACAGUUUUCUCCGGGCGGCCCGUUCUGGUAACCUGGACAAGGCCCUGGAACAUAUUAAAAAUGGCAUUGACAUUAACACAGCCAAUCAGAAUGGGCUCAACGGGCUGCAUCUGGCCUCGAAAGAAGGCCACGUCAAAAUGGUGCUGGAGUUGCUCCACAAUGGAAUCGUGUUGGAGACCACCACAAAGAAAGGGAACACGGCCCUGCACAUUGCAGCCCUGGCAGGGCAGGAGCAGGUGGUCACAGAGCUGGUUAACUACGGGGCCAACGUCAACGCUCAGUCCCAGAAGGGUUUCACUCCGCUCUACAUGGCCGCACAAGAGAAUCAUCUAGAGGUUGUGAAGUUUCUUCUGGAGAACGGAGCCAAUCAGAGCAUUCCAACCGAGGAUGGCUUUACCCCUCUGGCCGUGGCUCUUCAGCAGGGACACGAGAAUGUCGUCGCCCUGCUCAUCAACUACGGCACUAAGGGCAAGGUCCGCCUCCCUGCGCUGCACAUCGCAGCGCGCAACGAUGACACACGUACAGCCGCUGUGCUUUUGCAGAAUGACCCAAAUCCUGAUGUACUCAGCAAGACGGGAUUCACACCCCUCCACAUUGCUGCACACUACGAAAACCUGAACGUAGCUCAACUGCUGCUCAACAGAGGAGCCAAUGUCAACUUCACCCCUAAGAACGGCAUCACUCCUCUGCACAUCGCGUCCAGACGGGGGAAUGUGAUCAUGGUCCGACUCCUGCUGGACAGAGGAGCACAGAUCGAUGCCAAGACCAAGGAUGAGCUGACUCCUCUGCACUGUGCAGCCAGAAACGGACAUGUCAGGAUCAUAGAGAUCCUGCUGGACCACGGAGCGCCCAUCCAGGCCAAGACCAAGAAUGGCCUGUCUCCAAUCCACAUGUCAGCUCAAGGAGACCACAUGGACUGUGUCAAACAGCUUCUGCAAUACAACGCAGAGAUUGAUGACAUCACACUGGACCAUCUCACCCCUCUGCAUGUGGCCGCCCACUGUGGCCACCAUCGCAUGGCCAAAGUACUGCUGGACAAAGGGGCCAAACCCAACUCCCGGGCGUUGAACGGCUUUACUCCUCUGCAUAUUGCGUGUAAGAAGAACCACAUGCGUGUGAUGGAUCUCCUUCUCAAACACUCAGCAUCGUUAGAGGCUGUGACUGAGUCCGGUCUGACUCCGCUGCAUGUGGCCUCGUUUAUGGGUCAUCUCAACAUUGUGAAGAUCCUGCUGCAGAAAGGGGCUUCCCCCAGCGCUUCCAAUGUGAAAGUGGAGACUCCGCUCCACAUGGCGUCUCGGGCAGGCCACUGUGAAGUAGCAGAGUUCUUGCUGCAGAACGCAGCGCCAGUGGACGCCAAGGCCAAGGACGACCAGACACCGCUGCACUGUGCAGCUCGGAUGGGCCACGAGGAGCUUGUGAAGCUGUUGCUGCAGCACAAAGCCGACCCCAACUCCACCACAACAGCAGGACACACACCUUUACACAUUGCUGCCCGCGAAGGCCACGCACACACCAUCCGCAUUCUACUGGACAUGGAGGCUCAGCAGACCAAGAUGACCAAGAAAGGCUUCACUCCGCUCCAUGUGGCCUCCAAGUACGGCAAGGUGGAUGUAGCAGAGCUGUUGCUGGAGAGAGGAGCCAACCCUAAUGCUGCUGGCAAGAAUGGCCUGACUCCACUGCAUGUCGCUGUCCAUCACAACAACUUGGAUGUUGUUAACCUGCUUGUCAGCAAGGGAGGGUCUCCACACAGUGCAGCUAGGAACGGCUACACUCCGCUACACAUAGCGUCCAAGCAGAACCAGGUGGAGGUUGCCAACAGCCUGCUGCAGUACGGAGCAUCAGCCAAUGCUGAAUCACUCCAGGGUGUCACGCCUCUCCACCUGGCCUCUCAGGAGGGACGGCCCGACAUGGUCUCCCUGCUCAUCUCCAAACAGGCCAACGUCAAUCUUGGCAACAAGAGUGGACUGACCCCUCUCCAUCUGGUGGCACAGGAGGGACAUGUUGGCAUUGCUGAUAUCUUGGUGAAACAAGGAGCCUCAGUCUACGCUGCCACGCGGAUGGGCUACACUCCUCUCCAUGUAGCAUGUCACUAUGGCAACAUCAAGAUGGUGAAGUUCCUCUUGCAGCAACAGGCCAAUGUCAACAGCAAAACAAGGGUUGGUUACACCCCUCUGCACCAGGCAGCCCAGCAGGGACACACAGACAUUGUGACGUUGUUACUGAAACAUGGAGCCCAGCCUAAUGAGACUACAGCAAAUGGGACAUCAGCUCUGGCUAUUGCCAAGAGGUUGGGGUACAUAUCUGUGAUUGACGUCCUAAAGCUGGUCACCGAGGAGACGGUUUCCAUGACAACCACAGAAAAACAUCGCAUGAGUUUCCCAGAAACAGUGGAUGAGAUACUGGAUGUAUCUGAGGAUGAAGGAAUUGCACAGCUAACAAUAGGAGAGGAGCUGUUGGGGACAGAAGGGGCCAGGUACAUGAAGAUGGAUGACAUGAAAGACCAUGAUGACGAUUUCCUCUCCCCCAAGAAAUCACUGGAGUACGAGAGAGGGCUGGGCACUGCAAAUUAUUCACCAGCCAUUCCUAGGAUACCCUGUGUCUCUCCAGAGACGGUCCUGAAAGAGCAUGAGAUUGAUCAGCAACAUACUCCACUUCCACUACCAAAAGAGUAUGAUGAAGACUCCCUGAUUCCCAGCAGCCCGGCAACUGAGACGUCAGACAAUGUCAGCCCAGUUGCCAGCCCCAUACACACAGGCUUCCUGGUCAGUUUCAUGGUGGAUGCUCGAGGCGGCUCAAUGCGAGGCAGCAGGCAUAACGGAUUGCGCGUCAUCAUUCCCCCACGGACCUGCGCCGCACCCACGCGCAUCACCUGCCGUCUGGUGAAGCCCCAGAAGCUGACCACCCCUCCCCCGCUGGUGGAGGGAGAGGGGCUGGCCAGCAGGAUUAUCUCGCUAGGACCAGCCAGCAUGCAGUUUCUGGGGCCAGUGAUCGUGGAGAUCCCUCACUUUGCUGCUCUGGGUCGUGGCGACCGGGAGCUGGUGGUGCUGCGGAGUGAGAAUGGCUCCGUCUGGAAGGAGCACCGUAACCGCUACGGCGACGAUGUGCUAGAGACAAUACUCAAUGGGAUGGAUGAGGACCUAGAGAGUCAAGAAGAGCUUGGGAAGAAGCGUAUCCGACGUAUCAUCUCCACUGACUUCCCCCUUUACUUUGCUGUUGUAUCACGAGUCCAGCAAGAGAGUGAUCUGAUUGGUCCAGAGGGGGGUUCGCUGACAAGCAGGCUGGUGCCGAUGGUCCAGGCCACGUUUCCUGAGACAGCGGUCACCAAGCGAGUCCGCCUGGGGCUGCAGGCUCAGCCAGUUCCAGAUGAGCUGGUUGCCAAGCUGCUGGGUAACCAGGCAAACUUUAGCCCCGUGGUGACGGUGGAGCCUCGGCGACGCAAGUUCCACCGACCCAUCGGCCUGCGCAUACCCCUUCCCCCGUCCUGGAAGGAGAGCCCCCGUGACUCUGGGGAGGGGGACACCACCAGCCUGCGCCUGCUGUGCUCUGUCAUAGGUGGCACAGCCCCAGCCCAAUGGGAGGACAUCACAGGCACCACCAAGCUAAUAUACACCAAUGACUGUGCCAGUUUCACAACCAAUGUGUCAGCACGAUUCUGGCUUGCAGACUGUCCUCGGACAGCGGAGGCCGUUUCCUUUGCGAACCUGCUCUAUAGAGAGCUGUCAGCUGUUCCCUACAUGGCCAAGUUUGUGGUUUUUGCCAAGAUGAAUGAGAUCCGUGAGGGCCGCCUACGCUGCUACUGCAUGACAGACGACAAGAUGGACAAAACCCUUGAACAACAUGAGAAUUUCACAGAGGUCGCCCGCAGCAGAGACAUAGAGGUGAUGGAGGGUAUGCCGCUUCACCUGGAGUGUUCAGGGAAUCUGGUGCCAGUGAGGAAGGCCACCCAGCAGCCUCGCUGCUUCAGCUUCCAGGCUUUCAGAGACAAUCGGCUACCUGUCUCUGUCAAGGUGAGAGACAGCAGUAAAGAUCCAACAGGAUUUCUGUCUUUCCUGCGCAAAUCCACCAAGUAUGAGGACAGCCAGCAUGUGCUUUGUAACCUCAAUAUUACCAUGCCCCCAUGUAUCAAGAUUGUGGGGAGUGAAGACCGGAGACGAACUCUAACCCCGCUGGCUUUAAGAGAAAGAUACAGUGCUCUGAAUGAGCCUGCUAUGGCGUCGAUGAGUGCCAUGGAAAGGACAGAACUGAAGAUGGCUUUGAUAGCAGAACAGCUGGGACUGAGCUGGGCCGAGCUGGCACGAGAGCUUCAGCUCAGCGUGGACGACAUCAACAAGAUCCGUGUGGAGAAUCCCAACUCCCUGCUGGAGCAGAGCUCUGCGCUGCUCAACCUCUGGGCCACUCGAGAAGGCAAGAGGGCCAAGAUGGAGAGUUUGUACACAGCUCUGAAGAGUAUUGACCGUAUGGACAUAGUCAACAUGCUGGAGGGCCAGCCACCACAGACAGGGAGACAAGGGUCACGUGAGCUUAGCAGACGCAGGCACAACGAUAGAGACCACCUCUCCCCUGGCAUGACCAAUGGUUAUGGGCUGGUUCAGGAAGAGCUGCUCUCGCCGGCCUCCAUGCAGUACAGCCUGCCCUCCCCGCUGGGCGCUGAGCCCUACUGGCAGGAAGUCUCCAGUCUGGAUUGUGCACCCAUUGCCACCACAGAAGAAGACACGCUCAUGGAGAUGUCCGAUGUGCAGGUGUGGCCCUCAGGCAACAGCCCCUCCCUGGUGGCAGUGGAGGACUCCUCAUUGGAGUGCAGCAAUGCUGACGAUUCAGAAGGUCUGCUGGGGCUACCAUAUGGAAGUUUGGGUCGGCCGGCCAGUCAGGCCAGCGCAACCAGCGGAGGGGGUGUGGGGCUGAGUGGCUCCAUGGAGCUGGCUGAAGACGAUUCAGAGAUGGGCGUUGACUCGCUCAGCACUGCCACGCCAGCCUCACUCGGGGGCACCAUCGCCGGGAUCAAUCUUAAUGGGCUGAACAAUGGUCAGGGGUCAGAGGCAAGUUCGGAGGCAUCAGCACUAACUAAUACAACUGGUGGAAACGGUACCGGAGGAGGAGGAGGAGGAAGAGAAGGGACGGGCUCAGAGGAAGGGCUUUCUCUUGUUGCAGGACAGCAAAGGGUGUAUGCCCGGCUGAGCGAGUCACCUGGUCUGAGCUGUGUUGCAGAUCGUAAUGGAGACAGGUCAAGUAAUGGUGGCAAUGGAGGUGGUGGUGGCUCUUUCCUAUCCUACCUGCAGGAACAGACAGGCCCCGGCUGGAUCCCUGUUACCGACCCUACUCAGGCCUGGGUGGGCACACAGCCCAAACCCAAGCAGGCCAUGGACACCAUGAUGUCAUCAGUACGCAACGCUAUAGAUGGAGACCAGUCCCCAGUGUCCCAGGAGGCCUUGCUCCAGCCAGUAAGGGACAUGGGGCAUUCAGAGAUCUUACGGGGGCACUUCAGAGGUACCCAGCCAUUUGAGAAGGGCUUGGGCUUCCCACACAGGGUACCAGAGCUGAGGGGCUGGGACGACAUGCGCCUGAGGGGACAGGGUGAUGAAGUGGAAGAUCUUCCCGGGGAGCAAGUAAGCGAGGAGCAGUUUACGGAUGAACAUGGAAACAUUGUUACAAAGAAGGUUGUGCGGAAGGUUGUGCGCAGAGGGAAGGGUUCAGGUGAGGAGGGGGUGCAGGAGGUGAGCGUGGAGAGUUCUCUGCAGGAUGCCAACGAGCUGGAGAUUGAUGCUGAGCAGUUCAUGAACUACGCCAUCCUGGGUCGGGACAGCAGCAAGGGCUCUACACAGGAUUCAACCCCCUCACCGAAAUCAUCCUACUUGGACACAUGACCGGCAGCAGCGCACAGGAGGAAGAACAUCCAUGAAAAGGCAGAUGGAGAGAAAUGAACAGCAAGAGACACCAACUCAAUGAUAACAACCACAACGGCUAUGCCACCUAUCAGCACGCAUCAGAAGAGAAGGAUAUGGAUUUACUUGUAGUUUUUAUUACCCUUUUUUUUAAAGAAACCGUGGAGAAAAAAAAACAUCUACUACUAGAUUAGAAGCAUGAUUUCUUAUAAAACAAAAACCAAACACAAACAAACAAA